AUGUCUGCUCUCAGUCCAACAAAGAAUUUCUGGGGUGAAGUUACAUCUACCAUUGACUGGUGCGAAGAAAAUUACACUGUGAGCCCGUAUUUGGCUGAAUUUUGGAACACGAUUACAAAUUUGGGAUUUGUGUUCUUCUCUCUUUUUGGCACCUAUAAUGUUCUCAAGAAUCGCUCAAGCAAAUCUUUUAUCCUGGCUUAUCUGGGAGUUGCAUUUGUCGGUUUUGGCUCAUGGUGUUUCCAUAUGACGCUCCAGUAUGAGAUGCAAUUGCUGGAUGAAUUGCCAAUGAUUUACGUCGCCAGUAUUGUAAUGUGGCUCACAUUUCUGGCAGAUCCCAAGAGUGAAAACACCAUCAAGGUUCCAUUUGCAUUGACCGUCUAUUCUGCUGUCAUUACAUGGUCUUAUCUGAUCAUCAACAAUCCCGUUUUCCAUCAAAUCUCAUACGCCAUCCUUGUCAUUGGCGUCGUUAUCCGAGCCAUCAAACUCUUCAAUACCGUGCCCAAGUCAUACACCUAUGAAGUGCCUAGAAUGCAAUGUCUGCUUUGGAUGUCGGCCUUGGGUUUCAUUGUCGCUUUUAUCCUCUGGAAUAUUGAUAAUCAAUUCUGUAGCAGCUUGAGAUCAUGGAGGAGCACUGUUCCAUUUUUAAUUGGUGCUACCAGUGAGCUUCAUGGAUGGUGGCACAUUGGAACUGGCCUGGGUGUAUACUAUUUCAUCGUGUUUUGCGAGUGGAUUCAACCUACAUUAGCAGCAAACGAUAAGCGAUCAUUCAAAUUGUACUGGGCUGGUCCUCUUUGUUAUUUAAGAUUAACAGACCAAAUGAAUAAAAAGGAUUAA